AUGGCAGAAAUAAUAUUUCAACGUCGAAAGAUACCAACGGUGAUAUCAGACCUGAACCCGUUGAUAAUAUUGCUAUUACUGUCUCUACUGCAGUCAUGUUAUUUGCAAGUGAUCAAUAAACCACCUCACUUCGUACCGCAGAUAGGAGAUAUGUCGCAGUUCAUACUGCCUGAAGACACACCCGUUGGAACGCCAGUAUAUCAUUUGAAAGGCGUGGAUCCAGAAAACGGCCAACUAAGGUACUCAAUAUCGGGGCAAUACUUUUCAGUGGAUUCUCAAACUGGAGUUGUGACGCUAGCGAAAACAUUAGACAGAGAAGAGCAGGAUUCUUUGGAAGUUAUUUUGAGUAUUACGGAUGAAGGUAUUGCUGACACAGAACCUAAUACUGUAUCGUUACGGAGAGUCAUUCCCGUAAGAGAUGUCAACGAUAACCCACCAGUGUUUCACAACAGGCCAUAUAUUGUUAAUAUUAGUGAAGCGACACCAGUUGGAACUGAGAUUGAGCUCGAACCAAAGAUACUGGUGACAGAUCGAGACGAAGGAGAAAACGCCAGGAUAAAAGUGAUAUGUACUACGAAGGAAAAGGGCAGUGAUACUGAAGCGUGUGCAACCUUUAGGAUUGUAACUGAUAUGAUAUCGCCAAAUGAAUAUCAAGUACGACUGUUCCUUAAUCAAGAGUUAGAUUAUGAGAGCAGAUCAGCGUUCGUCAUUAGCCUCGAAGCCUAUGACACAUCGGCAAAGCCUUUAAAAGCUUUUGCAAGCGUUGCAGUUGCGAUUUGGGAUGUACAAGAUCAACCACCUUCAUUUACAAAUGCACCUUAUUCAGCCAAUGUCCCUGAAAAUACUCCAGAGAAUACAAGCAUUAUGGAAAUAACUGCAAAAGAUGGAGAUACAGCUAAUCCUCGACCAGUUUUAUUGACCCUAGAAGGAGAUACUCAACAAUACUUCAAGCUACUACCUGAAAGGCCCAUCGGAAAGGCAACGCUUGUCGCUACUGAUGUCCCUCUUGACAGAGAAAGUGAUAUCGUGAUGCAAAAUGGAGGCAUUUAUACUUUCUAUGUUAAGGCGACAGAACUAAUCAACAAUGAAGUACCAUCAGACUAUACUGUAACAACGGUAACGAUAAUAGUAACAGAUGUUGACGACCAUGUACCUAAAUUUAACAAAGCUGUCUUUGAUGUAUCGAUACCUGAAAAUAUCGAAAAAGGUAGCCCUAUACCUGGUUUAUCGAUAUAUGUAGAGGAUUAUGAUAUCGGGUCAAAUAGUAAAUAUAGUUUAAGUCUUCGUAAUGUAUAUAAUGCUGAAGGCGUAUUUGCUAUUAGUACUGACCAUGGUGAAGGUAGAACUCCUAUAAGUAUAAAAGUAAAGGACUCUACAAAAUUAGAUUACGACGUGGACGAGGAAGAGAAACGAUUAUUUAGUUUUGAUAUAGUUACUUCCAAAAAUAACCAAGAACUCUCAUCAGCACGCGUUAAUAUAAAAUUACUUGAUAUGAAUGAUAACACACCUUUAUUUCAAGAAUCCAUUUACAAAUUUAAUAUAUUAGAAAAUGCAACUAUUGGAACAAAAAUUGGAGAUGUGUUUGCAACGGAUAAAGAUUAUGGCAUAUUUGGUGAAAUUGAAUAUACCUUGACUGGAUUUGGAUCGAAUAUGUUCAAGACUGACAAAAACAAAGGUGGUGUAUAUGUAAAACAAAUUCUUGACUACGAAAAACAAAAAAGUUACAGUUUAACACUUUUUGCUAAAGACGGAGGAGGUAAAGGCUCCACAGUUAGUGUUUUUGUUGAAGUUCUUGAUGUAAACGACAAUGCACCGAUGUUUGAAGCAGGAGAGUAUAGUAGAACUAUCAGAGAUGGGGCGACUAGCUUUGAACCUCAAUUUGUUGUCCGGGCAACUGAUGCAGACGGACCUACACAAGGAGACGGCCAAAUAAAAUAUUCCUUGGAGUCAGACAACAGUAUAAGUCACAAAGGCAAUAUAUUUACAAUAGAUGAAGAUACGGGAGAAAUUAAUAUAGUUGAGAAAGUAGAUAGUAUGGACACACCUCGAGGUCAAUAUGAACUUGUUGUAAGGGCUACAGACUAUGGCGUUCCACCUCUACAUAAUGAAACUCGAGUUUUUAUUAGAGUAGGAGUUCCAGGAAAUCAAAGACCUACUUUUAAAGGAAACUACCACCACUAUAAGUAUACAGUUUCUCAAAAUAGUCCUGAAACAACAGAUGAUUUCACAUUUAAUUUGAACCCCAUGAAUUAUAAAGCAAGCAUUCGGGAAGAUGCCAAACCAGGACAAAAUGUUACCACAGUCACAGCUAAUGAUCCAGACGGAUUGGAUGAUUUACUUACAUAUAAUAUCGUUUCUGGUUCUAAAGAUAAUUUUGUUAUCAAUGAAAAGACAGGUUUAAUAACAAUAUCUAAUGAUGCAAACUUAGAUCGCGAUGUGAAUCCAGAUCGAUACGACAUUAUUGUAUCUGCAGUAGAUAGUGGAAUGCCCAUACCAGAAACUGCUACUACGACUGUAUUUGUUACAAUACAAGACGUUAAUGACAAACCACCUAAAUUUAAUAUGUCUGAGGCCACUACCUAUAUUUCUGAAAAAACGAAAAUUGGCAAUUUAGUGACCAAAAUUGUUGCCUACGAUACGGAUAUGAAUGCAAAAUUGCGAUAUAGCCUAAUAGAACCAAUAAAAGCACUAUCUAAAGCCGGUGUUCAAUUGACACCUGGCUCUCAUUAUGACUAUCAACAUCUUUUUCGUAUAAAUGAAGAGUCGGGAGAAAUAUAUGUGAAUGGAACUCUAGAUUAUAGUCAAGCUUCUAUAGUUAUAUUGACGAUUAAAGUUGUAGAUGAUAAUGCAGAAUUAAAUAAAGAAAAGCAAUUUGAUAUAACUGAACAUACUAUUUAUAUAAAACCAUACGCUGACAAAAAUCCUCAGUUUACUAAUGCUGGAUGGACCAGUUCACAUCCCAUAAUAUAUCAUAAGAUUAAAGAAGAGCAACCGAUAGGCAGUACUAUUAUUGUUUUAACAGCCGAAGACCCUAUAUCAGGACAUUUGAUUUCAAAUUUUAAGGUUAUUAAUUCAGAAACAGAUCUUCUUCAAGUAGAUCCACUAAGCGGUCAAGUAGUUUUAACCAAACACCUUGAUUAUGAAGAUCUGAACAAUCCAAAUCUUACACUAACGGUCAAAGCCGCGAGCAAUGAUGGCAGUAAAUAUAGCACAGCUAAAAUAAUUAUUGAAGUUACGAACAUAAAUGAUAAUCCACCGAUAUUUGAGAAAGAGCUAUACAAAGUAAGCGUGCUAGAGUCUGUCAAGUAUCCCGACAUAAUUGUAACAGUCAAAGCAUAUGAUGCAGAUGCUGUGCUAAGCGAGGAAGACAAGCUGAAUGGCUACUCUGAUAUUCGAUAUACGUUAAGGGGUGAGAAUACAGAACUCUUCAAGAUUGAUAAUGUUACUGGUGCAAUACAGGUUGCUGAAAAUAAAACUCUAGACAGAGAACGACAAUCGGUACUAAGGCUUGAAAUAGAAGCUUCUGAUAUUCCAAAAGGUGGAGCAAACAGGUUGAAAAGCACUGCUUCUAUCCUCAUUGAUGUUUUAGAUGUUGACGACAAUUCACCUGAAUUUGAGAAAAAGGUUUACACAGCCGUAGUUCCAGAAAAUGUACCAAUAGGCAUAAGUGUCAUAAAUGUAACUGCAACGGAUCCCGAUGAAGGCUUAGGUGGAGAAAUUAAGUAUGAAUUUUUGGAUGAAGGAGAAGCAAAUGGUUUUUUUACUAUUGAUCCUAAAACUGGUGAAGUUAAAACUCAUAAAGACCUUACUGGCAGAGGCCGUACAGAUCCUUAUAGAUUGCCAGUUGGAGCAAUCGAUGGUGGUGGACAUGCAGGAGAUACCUCAUUAUCUUUGUACAUUGGAGACGUUAGCGCCAAUGAUGGUGUUCCCAGAUUUAUUAGACCAGCUGCGGGAGAAGUACUUAGCAUUAGCGAAAACGCAACGAUUGGAUCACCCGUUUUCCAAGUUGUAGCUAGUGAUCCAGACGACCCAACCCAGCCUUCCGGACAACUUUAUUACUCCAUACAACCAAGUAACACUGAUGCUAAAAGUUUUGCCAUAGAUUCUCGUUCGGGCCUAAUAACAACACGUCAAUCGUUGGAUCGUGAACGCAAAGAUUCAUAUACUCUAGUACUUUUGGUGACGGAUAGAGGACAACCACCGCAACAAAGUACCAGAAUUGUGACAGUCAUGGUAAAUGAUGUAGACGAUCACAAGCCGCAUUUCAAUAGAAACUUGGAUGAUCCUCCGUUACUUAUGACAAUUAAAGAAGAAGUCCCAGUUGGCACUGUUAUUGGUGAGUUUGAAGCUAUUGACGAAGACAUUGGAGAAAAUGCAGAAAUAGAUUAUGCAAUUACUGCUGGAAACGAUAAUGCUUUGUUGAAGUUGGAAAGGACGAAUAGUAGCCAAGCUUUAAUAAUUGCUGCAGGCAGACUUGAUAGAGAAAUGAUUUCUAGACUGCUGAUAACUGUGAAGUGUUUUAAAUAUGGUACAAACCCUAAACUGAACCAAGCUUAUAACAGGCUGGAUCCUUCAGAAAUACAAGUUCUAGUCAAAAUCCUUGAUAUCGACGACCAUCUUCCACAAUUUGAAAACGUUAAUAUGACAGUAGGGGUCAGACUCAAUGUUCCUGUAGAUGCUCUCAUAGCUACAGUUAAAGCAACCGAUAAAGAUCCUGAUGCUAAACCUAUUAAUUAUAGCACUGUUAAUAUAACUUUCGAAUCUCCUAUAAAGGGUAAAUCUUUAAGUAAUAUAACUGAUGUUAUUGCAUUAAAUAAUAUGACGGGCGAUUUGAAAAUUAUGAGAAAUUUGAUUCAUUAUGCUGAUGGAACGUUUAGGUUGGUUGUACGGGCAAAUAAUUCAAUGGACCCUGAGCGAUUUAAAGAUAUUUUAGUUGAGGUUGUGGUAGUAAGAGAACGAGAUCUUCUACGUCUAGUCAUACCGGGUGGUACCAGGCAGAAGUACAAUGAACUUCGAGAUAGGAUGUCAGAAGCACUUGUCCAGCGCGGUGUUAGGAUGCAACUACAUGAUGCUAAUACAGCGUUCUUUACUAAUCCUGGCCCGUGCUUCCAGUUCAGAAAGAUAGAAUCCGGCGAAGCUUUAACACCAAAGGCAAUGAAGGCCACCAUACGAGCCUUGGGAAUAGAAUUUCAAGGCAUUUUAGAAAAAUUCAAUGUACACAAUAUAACUAGUUGUGGAGUAUCGAGAACGAAGCACACGCCUGCUCAGCAUGCAUUGCUGGCUUUGGCUGGCGUGUUACCAUUCGCGGCCUUCAUAGCCACGCUAGUAUUGUGCUGUAUGCACUCUAACGCCAAAAGAAGAACUCGCGAAGCGCUUCUAAUUACGAGGGAGCCUCCACCCGUAGCUGCCAGCAGUAUAUCAGUGCCAACAAGGCUAUAUGUAGAACCUUUAUAUACUACGUGA